ACCCACAAUGCACAGCGAGGCAGCCACGUACACGUACGUCUCUGCACUGUUAGUGGUUCGCUAGCUGCCGCUGCACAGAGCUGCAUGUUUCAUUCACAUGAUGCUUCAUUGGUUUGACACAUCUUCAGUGGCAUUGCUUUAAGAUGUCGAUGGUCUUGUUUGCAUCUGUGGUUCGGGUUGGGGACGGUCUCCCUCUUUCUGCCUCCACAGACUAUGAGCAGGACAGAGAACUUCAGGAAACGAAGAGGCACCUCAAAGGUCUCUCCAAGAAACUUGGCCAGUUCCCCGACCGCUGCACACUUAAGACUGGGCCGUACAAUGUCAACUUCACAAGCUCACUGGGUGUUGGAUACCUGAUGGUGUGUACCGCAAACUACCCCAACGUGCUGGCCUUCUGCUUCCUGGACGAGCUACAGAAGGAGUUCAUCGUUACAUAUGACCCCAAACGUAUCAACAGCGCCGUGCGGCCGUACUCCUUCAUUGAAUUUGACACUUUCAUCCAGAAGACCAAACAGCGCUAUAACAGCCCUCGUUCCCUGUCCACCAAGAUCAACCUGGCUGACAUGCAGACGGAGAUCAAGCUGCGACCGCCGUACCAGCUCUCCCCUGAGGACCUGCGGGCCAUAAAUGGCUUCUCUGUGCACACGACCUCCAAGUACAAGGGGAUCGCUCCCACACAGAUGCUGGAGCCAGUGACUCUCCCAGGCAUUGUGUCCUGUGUACUCAGUAUUCUCUGUGGAGGCCUGAACCUGCUGCGAGGAGUGCACGCAAUAGAGAGCAUACUGCAGAAUGAUGAUGAAGACUUUAAUUAUGUGAUUGCCUUCUUCCUUGGGACAACAGCCUGUCUGUAUCAGUGCUACCUGUUUGUUUACUCCUCAGUCUGGAGGAACAGCAAGUCGUUCCUGGCGUUUGCACUUAUCUGUCUGUCCAACAUGUAUCUGUAUGAACUCAGAAACAUGUGGCAGAUCCUCUUCCAUGUGGCGGUGGGGGCUUUCAUGACGCUGCAGAUCAGACUGAGACAACCGCUGGGCAAAGCACCAGACUAUAAUGUCUGACAGGGACCUGAAACACACCAGCUUCCGUCAGAACUGUGUCGCACACGCUGGAGUGACACCAGCCAGUCUCGGGACGAAGUGGGAAUGAGUCUUCCCCCAGUUCAGGAAGGACAUUCUUGCAGCUACAGAGGAGCGCUGUCAACUGGAACCCAGGGAGCAAAUCUCAGCGUGGACACUCUGCAACAGCCUGAAUUGUUUUUUUUGUUGGAUUCAAUACGAAGGUUGUCGCCAUCACAUCGUUGUCAGAUCAACACGUCUACUUUAUUUGCAUCUACACUUUAGGGCUGAGUCCUGCUUACAGAAUGUCCAGUUUUUGCGUUCUACCUUAUCUGCACCCCAGAGAUUACACAAUGAAACCAAACCAACAUUAUACAUAUACAUUUCCAGACUGAAAAUGUUGAAUCAUAGUAGAUUUAACGACUGUUAGUCAGUCGUCAUUGUAAUGUUUAAGUUCAGCAUCUUUGGUUUGGUCAACAUAAAUUAAACACAUAAUAACAUAUAGGUUAAUUACAAAUUUACAACUUUAAAACAAGAUGAGGAUAAAAGAAGGUUGGUCCAUUUGUUCUUUGCUUACCCAUGUACUUCACCCAUGGGUACUUGACCCAACGCAGGACUCGGGCGCCUAAUAUGCAAUGCUGCCUGGUGUGUGUUGCCCUUUUUCAGCUUGUGUGGAUUCUGUUCUGAGGAUCCAUGAGUCUUGCAUGUGUAACCUUUUGGACAGUUAAUUUUGCUAUUUAUUUAAUGAAUGUACAGCAAAGAUUUAUACAGAUUUUAAUACUUUGAGUUGUUCCGAUUGCUCUGUUUUUAUUAACAAAGUGGCAUGUAGUGAUCAAAGUACUACUGCUUCAGCUGACAGCCUCUUAGUGUUGUACCUGCUUCCUCUUAUCAGUGACUGUGUUAAUAAACAGGUCUGUUUUGGCAGCAGUAAAGGUC